AUGGACGUAGAUGGUGGCCUUCAGACCGAGGAAGUCUCGGUCUACAACAUCGCAGACAUCCUGCUCGAAGCACUGGAUUCCAGCAUAAAAUGGCCGCUGUUGGACGAUCUGGCCGCAAGGCUCGAGUCUAUCGGUGGGAAUUCCCGCGAGAUGAUGAAGGUCAACCGCUGGCUCAAGGAGCAGCUCGAGUCGCUCCGCACCCAAGGGGGGAGUAGCGUCGACGGGGCCCGCAGAGCGCAGGUGGCAGCGGGGCUGCUGGAUCUGGUGGAGAACAAGGACGCUAUGCGGCAGAAAACGCUCGAGGAAAUUGUCUUGCGGCGAGCGCCUUUGGUGGAGUCCGAGAAAGUGGAACUCCAGCGAGGAGUGGAGACCGCAAACAAGGCCUACAUGAGUUUUGACGUGGAAGAUGUUAUCCCCGAAUACAAGUGCGCCACCGCCGACGCUGCUGCAGUCGACGCAUGCAUCAACGGCAAAAUCACCAGGUUCACGAACCUUUUCAAGGGGUAUUGCGAAUCGAAGGGGAUAGCAUGCGAUCUCAAGCCGCUGAAGAACUUCAGCGAUAACGACGUGACGGCGUACGGCAGGAUCGGUGCGGAGGGAGACGUACCGCUCAACGAACUCAACGUUACGGUGCAGGGCACCACGGUGUUCGAUUAUGGCGUCAAAGCGCAAAUUACCAAUAUACACACACUCGACGACGUGUGCCUGUUUCCAGGGCAAAUGGCUGCCGUAACAGGCAGGUGCCUUGAAGACAAGUUCGGCGUAAGAUACGUUGCCUCCAAGCUGCAUUGCGGCAUACCGGCAGACAUUCCCAUGGCCACCAAUCACGCCAACCAGAAGUUCAAGAACCAAAACAUACACAUAUCGGUGGUACGAGGCUGCCUGCUCACCGAGUCCCUGGAGCCCGUCAGCUUCAAUCACGUGUUCAACAAAAUCAAAAGAGACAGACCGCACGUCGUAUUUUUCAUGGGACCAUUCGUCAGCGUGCGGCAAGUGGCGGUCGACGGUGACGGGCUCAGCCGCAUUGGGGACAUCGCGUUUAUAUACAAGCGCUUCUUCCAUGAGAUAUCGCUGCUCGCAGAUGUUUCGCAGCUUGAGGAAACGAAGUUCGUCAUCGUGCCACACUGUUACGACGUCUUGUCGGGAUACCCGCUGCCACAGCCACCGCUCAACUGUCAGGGAUCGGAGCUACACAGCGGGGAGUACCCAGAUAACGUCAUCUUUCUGUCCAACCCAGGCCUCGUGAGAAUCAAUGGGAUUCUUUUCGGAGUCACUUCCUGUGACCCAGUCUCAGGCAUCGCAAACAACAUGGUAUGUAUUCCGGAUGAGAAAAGGGUGUUCCGGGCAUGUGAACAGCUACUGCUGCAGCGCUCCUUCUUCCCAAGCUAUCCCACGGCGACGCUACCUUCGGAGUACGCCGUGGACCACGGUAUGCUGAGGCGCCUAGAGUUCGCGGAAGACGCCGUGCCCGACGUGUUCCUGUUUGCCAACGCGUCGAACAACGAGCCGUUCAUCGAGUUCGCCGGAGAGCGCGCCUUCAUAGGAUGUCACAGCGCAGCCGUCCCGAAGGACGCCGCCGUGCAGAUGACCACCGAAAUUUACAUAGCACCGCAGGAGGUGGACACUGCCCCAAUUCGGCCGAUGGAGCUUGAAAACAGAGUGUCCCUCGUGCUCGCGCUCUGGCGCGGGUGA